UGCGUGGAGGGCGGGUGAGAUAAGAGGAGGUGUCCGUGGCAAAUUCCGACUAUGGCUGGAAGUUGAGCUUUUGUUGAGUGAUUGUUAAGUGCUACGAUUUAGGUCGUGUUGCACGCAGAUGUUGUGUAAUCUGGAAACAUUCCGAUAAAACUGUAUGUACGAAACUGCGAGCGGUGAAGAAAGCUGAGAGAAAAGGGCAGUCGUGGUCCCAUGGAUCCAGAAGCCCACUGCAGCAAGUCAUCUACUGCGCAGCCGGCCGGAGAUGAGGACCAGUGUCGCCCGGUGCCGGCCAACCUGGGCAGCGUGCCACGCACCGACCACCUGCCCGGUCAGCGGCACCGCUGGAACACCAACGAGGAGAUCGCCGGGAUCCUAAUCAACUUUGAGUCUCACAAUGAAUGGCUCUCCAAAGAAGUGAAGAUAAGGCCUUCCAGCGGGUCUUUGAUGCUGUACAGCAGGAAGAAGGUGCGCUACAGGCGAGAUGGCUACUGCUGGAAGAAGCGGAAGGAUGGCAAAACCACGCGGGAAGAUCACAUGAAGCUGAAGGUGCAGGGCAUCGAGUGCAUUUACGGCUGUUACGUCCAUUCUGCCAUCCUGCCGACGUUCCACCGGCGGUGCUACUGGCUUCUGCAGAACCCGGACAUCGUGCUGGUGCACUACCUGAACGUGCCGUACCCGGACGAUAAUAAGCUGAUCCUGGCGCCCAGCCUGUCGCUCUGGACGGAGCGCAAGGAGUGGACGCGCGACGAGCUGGGCUCGCAGCUGCGGCCAAUGUUCUCGAGUCUGCAGGAUGAAAACUUGAAGAGCGACUUGAACAGCUCGGUGUCCAGCACGGUGGAUCUGAUCGUGGACCAGCUGAUGGAGCGGCAGCGGCAGGUGCGCUCCUCGCAGGCGGUGGCGCAGCUGCAGUGCGGCUGUGCGGAGGGCGCCUGCGCCGGCGGCGCGCACUGCUCCAACCCGCUACGGCGCGUCACCACGGCGACGGCCUCCUCCACGGUGACGGUGUCGGCCAGCCGGGCGUCGCUGCCGACCGACCUGUUCAGGGCGACGUUCGACCUUUCGCUGGACGACAUCCAGCGCACGCUGUCCGCCAGCAUGCCGGCCGACCUGGACAUGGCGCAGCUGGAAGCCUGCGACAAGCACGACCAGGCGUCGCUGUUGGACGCGCUGCACUACCUCGACGACUUUGACUUCGAGAGCCUGGAGGUGGGCCAGUCGUCGUCGGCCUCGUGCUCGCCGCCGGACAGCAAGAUGCAGCGAGCGAGCGUCGGCCGCUCGCCGCAGCGUCAGCGACCGGCGGCGGUCGCCGUCGCAGCGGCGGCCGAGCCGGAGGGCGGCAAGUGCGAGCCGGAGAAGACGUCGGUCAACAUGGACUACCGCGAGGGCACGGCCAACAUCACCGACUUCAGCCCGGAGUGGGCCUACCCGGAGGGUGGCAUCAAGGUGCUGGUGGCCGGGCCGUGGUACGCCACCACCUCGCCCUACUCGGUGCUCUUCGACGGCGUGGCGGUGCCCACCCAGCUCGUGCAGAGCGGUGUGCUCCGCUGCUUCUGUCCAGCGCACGAGGCCGGCGUGGCGCCGCUGCAGGUGGCCUGCGAGGGGUUCGUCAUCUCCAACGCGUGCCUGUUCGAGUACAAGCGGCGCGCCUCGGACCAGGCGCCCGCCUCCUACCCGGCGACGGCGCCGUUCCCCAGCCAGGACGACACGCUCGUCAAGUUCACGCUGAUGCAGCGCGUGCAGCUGAUCGAGUCGCGCACUGAGGGCUCGCUGCACAGCCAGUCGACCAGCCCGCUGGCGGCGCUGUGCGGCCCGCACCUCGAGGAGCGGCUCAUCUCGUACUGCCAGGACCUGAUGUCGCGGACGUGGCUGAGCGAGCUCGCCUGCUGCGAUGAGGGCGCUCAGGGCGCGCCCUCGCUCCUCCACCUGGCCGCCCUGCUCGGCUACAGCAGGCUGGUGUGCUCGCUGCUCCACUGGCGCGCCGAGAACCCGUCGCUCUACCUGGAGGCGGAGGUGGACGCCGUGCGCACCGACCAGUCGGGUGACACGCCGUUGGGCCUCACCUGCCACCGGGGCCACACCGAGACGGCCCGCCUGCUGUACCAGUGGAACCACACGGCGCUCAGGAUGCGGAACUCGGCGGGCUUGACGCCGCUGGAGCUGGCGCGCGAGGGUGGCCACGCGGCGCUGGCCGACGAGCUGGAGCGGCUGGACGCGAUCCGGCAGAGGGCGCGCGAGCUGGACCGCAGCGAGCGCGUGUUCGCGCGGCCCGGCACUAAGUACAGGUCGGAGCUGUGGCGGCAGCGCAACUUCAGCCUGGACCUGCCGUCGGGCUCGCCGCAGGACGGGCCGUGCGCGCGCCAGCUGCGCUCGUCCACGCCGAGCCCGCACGCGCGCAGCAGCGUCGACUCGGGCCUGGACACGCUGCGCGGCGAGCGCAGCGCCUCGCUGCCUGUGACGUCACCGGCCUGCAGCUCGCGCUGCAGCGCCGCGGACCUGCGCGACUGGCCGUCGCCCGCCAUCUGCGAGACGUCGCCGUCGAUGGACACCAGCCAGGCCUCGGACGCGUCGGACCAGCAGCACGUGCUCACACUGGCUGAACACAUCAUAGCCGCCAUGCCGGAACGGAUCAAGAUCGAGAGCGACAGUCAGUGGGAGCGUUCGUCGUCGCCGGCCUCUGACCUGAUCUCGCUGCGCUCGGAGGCGAUGGAGGACGCGACAGAGCUGGCCGAGCUGUGCGACACCGGCUACAGGUACUGCGAGGUGAGCACGCCGCAGUCGUCGGCGUCGCCGGCCUCCUCCUGCCUGCCGUCGCCCUGCUCGUUCCCCGUGCUGGACUCGCCGUCGCCGCCGCCGUCGGCCGCCGACCUGGGCCAGUACUUCAAGGCCGGUCGACGCGACUUCGCGCUGGAUUUCUCGAGCCUCACGCUCUCAGACCGCGAGCAGCGCGAGCUGUACGAGGCUGCCAAGGUGAUCCAGAAGGCGUACCGUAGCUACAAGGGCCGCAAGCGGGCCGAGGAGCAGGACCGCGAGAAGCAAGCGGCCAUCGUCAUUCAGAACUGCUACCGGCGCUACAAGCAGUACUUCUACUACACCCAAAUGACGCGGGCGGCGAUGGUCAUCCAGAGCCGGUACCGCACCUACUGCGAGCACAAGCGCUUCAAGAAGUCGCAGGAGGCGGCCGUGUGCAUCCAGAACUACUACCGCCAGUACAAGGAGCAGGAGCGGCAGCGGCACGGCCGCGAGGGCACGCCCGGCUCCCUGAAGCGCACCUACUCGCAGCGGCGCCAGCACCAGGCGGCCAUGAAAAUACAGAACUUCAUGCGCCAGUCCAAGAAUAACCAGUGGGAUGUGUGGUUCGAGGGUGCGGUUGCAGAGAGAGCGCGAGCAGGGAGCAGGAAGCGUGAGGCCUCUGGACCCCUUGGACCGGGUCUGUGCCCCGCCAAAGUUCCCGCUUCCGCCACCAGAUGCCAGCCGCUAAGCCAGACCACCACCACCACCUCCGGCCACAGCAGGAAGUGCUGACAUGAGCUGCUCGGCCGGCCACCGCCGCCUCGUGGCCCUUCUCGGCGCUUCUCGUUCCGCCAGCUGCCGAUGGACGGCUUCCGCGUCCCGGCCGCGCCGCCCAUCUACCGGCGCACGCUGAGCUUCGAGAGCUCGACGCUGGUGGCGCACGAGACGCUGGUGCGGCGCGGCCGGGCCCUGGUGCCAC